UGGAGUAUUAUAAGAGAUAUAGGAGAAUUUAUAACAUUUUAAAAAAUCGUGAAAGUUGCUGCGGCAACAGGGCUUAACAACAAGAUUUGAUGACGUAGACAUCAAGUAUUGAUGUUGCAUCCUGGGAAAAAUUAAAGAUGUCUGCGCCCUGUGCCGUUUUCGCAAGUUGCAUUGAAACACCUCCUGAUACACUAAUAAAAGAUAUUUUAGGAGGUGGGACGCUACCAGAGGCGACCUCUAUACUGGAAAACAUAUCAGCGUACCCCUGGCAUGUGGAUACAAAAUACUACACAGCAGAUAUACACCUAUGUGCCACAAAAGAGAGAACUAUUGGCGAUGAACAGUUUGCAAAUUCUGUCCAUGCCAUUAUUCUUCAAUUUGACAGUAGAGAUAGCAACAGUUUUAACUUAGUCCAGUCCUGGUUACCUUAUAUUGACCAGAUUGAAGCACCAGUGCUGCUCCUAGUGGGAGAGAGAUGUACCAAUGAUGAUGCAGUACCAAGGUCAACUGUUUUAAAGUGGUGCUUGGAACAUUCCUUUGAACUGGUAGAACUUCAGCCAAUAGAUGGCACUGAUAGUGAGGAUGAAGAUGACUUUCCAGAGACUACAGGAGUGAAAAGAAUCAUUCAAGCUCUACAUGCCCACACUUGGCCAAACUUAGAACUAAAAGAGAACCAUGCUAUUCAGAGCCCCUAUAUCAGACAGUUAAUGCAAGAACAGGCCAAGGAAAAGGCUAAAGACAAUAAAUCUGAAAAUAACUCUUCUACCUCAGACUGUAAAAAUACCCCAAAAACAAACUGUUCUCAAAAUACAGAGUGUUCAGAAAAUACAGACUGUUUGCAAAGUGCUAAUGAUUUAAAUCAGCAGACAACUAAUGGUUCACCAGGGGAGAACCAUUCAAAUGGUGCCACAGGUGUGAUGUCACAGUCCAGUAGUAAAGAAACAAAAAAUAAACAGGAGAAAUCUAGAAUUGAUAGAAUAGAUGGCCUGUUACCAAAUGAGGACAUGGCAACAUUUGCUGCUCUUGCUAAUGAAGACCCAAGUGAAGGUGAUGAAUCAUUUGAACAGUUAUUUGAGAAGAUGAAGAUAAUGAAAGAUCAUGCAGAUACUUUACCCCUGGAUCAACGCAAGGCAUAUGCGGAGAAAGUUGCAUUGUCAUUCUGGCGUGCCAUUGGUGGAGAUGAGGAUGAAAUUGAGGGACUUUCGGACAGUGAUUGA